CAACAUGCCCAUGACAUUGUCUCCCGGCCCUGCCACUCCUCCCAACAGGCCUGCGACGAUGCGGGUGCCGGACUUCACUCCCCCGUCACAGCAGCAGCAGCAGCAGCGCCGAGGUGGCUACGGCGACGUCACUCCCCCGCCACAGCACCGAGGUGGCCACGGCGUCACGCGGCUGGACCAGGACAAGGUGCAAGGGCUCGUGGCCAUGGGCUUCCCGAGGCUCAACGCCGAAUUCGCGCUGCUGGCCCGCCGCAAUGGUACGCACAACACCGCACAGGGCCGCACAGUGUGGGGGGGCCAGGCACGUGAUGUGCACGUGCACUUGUGUGUCUGUGUCUGUGUUGGUGUGUGUGUUGGUGUGUGUGUUGGCUGUGCUGUGCUGUGCAGACAUGGCGCGAGCGAUUGACUUGUUGGUGAGUAUGACGAGCAGCGGCAAGUGCACGCCCCGACCACCGCCGUCCGACCCGUUGUCCUCCAAGUCACGCCCCGCCAGCAGCCGCCGCAGCAGUGUGUGGGAGGAGGUCGACCCGUUCCUUUUGUAUGAGGGCCAGCCCGAGGACGAGGUCAAGGCCCUCAGGCAUGAGCUCCACCAGCGCAAAUGCGCCUUCUCCCGCUACGUCAACACACUCCGCAAACAGCCACAGUAAGCCCCCCAGCACCAUACACACACACACACACACACACACACACAAAUCCAUCCCUGCAUCCUUAGGAUGGCCGACGAGAUGCGGAUCAGCUCGGAUUCGGGUGACAGAGUGCGGCUGGUAGACUUGGACAAGAAGGCCAGAUGGGAGUUGGUCCGCGACGGGAGGGUCGACUCGUUCAUCGAGCGAGACAUCCGGUCCCGCACACCGUACCAAGGCAAGUCUAGUGACGAGCUCUGGGACCGAUGGUGUGACAUCAAGUGGGGCGACCAAGUCUCGGUACGCUGAUUUGAGCCGGAGGAGGCACACUGACUCACCGACUCAUUGACACACUGACACACGAGUGACAUGAGUGCCACACACGCAUACACACACACACACACACACAGAUUCAUUGUAUUAAUGAUGCCUGUGUGUGAUUGAUGAUGUGUGUGCCUGCAGGAGUCGGCUCAAGAUGACACAAAGGCCAAGCAGGACGCCAAUCUGCCGCCCAGCACCUUUCAGCACCCCGCCGACGCCAAUCAAAUCAAAGACGAACAAGGUAAGGCAUGCACUGCAUACUAUGCAACCACAACGGACAGUCACACUACACCCAAGAAAUAUAGACGGACAGACAGACAGACAGACAGACAGAGAUUGAUACAACAAGCCCCAACUCCUUCUUCGUUUUGUCACUGUUCUGUCUGUCCAGUUCGCUCCAAUGACGAUGGCGUGUUCGGCAUGACGUACAGCGAGCACCGUUGGGACUUCCACCGUGUCCGUGAGGUCGAGGCGCUGCUCAGAAGACAGCCCUGGGCGGCCAUGAAGACCAUCGUCGUCUUUGCGUGGCGACAGUCUGACGCUGAGAUGCUUGCAGAUUCCCUGAUGAAAACACGUACCUUAGGACACACACACCACUCAGAGAGUGACAGUGUUGUGUUGUGAUGUGUUGUGGUUUGUUGUGUGCACUGCAGGUGUGUUUGGGGAGGUGGAACCCUAUCACUUGGGGCGAACGAGGGGACAGCUGGCCGCGGUGAUGGAUCGAUUCAUGACAGGUGAGGAACUGAGUGGGCUAUGGGCGUCCAUCCACACACACACACACACACACGCGGAGCAUACAGACACGCAUGACAUGGCUGCCCACGUGUGUUGUGUUGUGUCGUGUCUAUGUGUGUGUAGGGAAGGUUCGCGUGUUGGUUGCGACGAGUGGCGUUGACCUCGUCCACGCAGGCCACGCGCCGCGAGCGGACGGGGUCAUCCACUUGACCAUCCCGAAGUCCAUCGAGAACUACGUCAAGGACACCAAAUACACAGGCGGACAGCCGCACCACAACGGUGCGCACACACGACCGACCGACACGUCUGCACCGUACCUCUCUCCCUCUCUCUGCCUGCCUGCCUGCCUGCUCUCUGCCUGCCUGCCUGCCUGCCUGUUUGUCUGUCUGUCUGUCAGGUGCUGAUGGCCACCGCGGCCAUUCUCAUGUCUUUGUGCGUCCCGAGGACCUUCGAAUGAUGCACCGCAACGCGAGCGUGCCGUUGGUGGACCCCUGGGCGGCCACCCGCCUCGCCUGCACACUCAUGGACCACCGCAUCCAGCCACGUGCCAAUGCACGCACCAACACCAGCAUCCACACUUUCUUACACGUCAGCCGAUCGGACCAGCAGCCUGAAAGUGGCCAAGGUGGUGGUGGUGGUCGUGUGGUGGCCGUCAGUCUGCCGUCGACUCACGCCAUGGCGGCCCCCAACGCCCAGGCACCCGAUGACGUCACGACCUUCUUCCGCAUGCUCGACGACACGAUACAGCACCAGUAGCAGCAGCAGCAAGACGACCCACCCACCACCGGCACCACGCGCAUCUAUCCCAACGUGCCCCUCACAUACAAGCUGCGCUUCCUCCGGACCACCAAGGACGCCGUAUGCGAGAAAUCCGAC